AUGGACGAACUUCUCAAUAUUCCAGCAGCAGUGAAUUUUGAUGAGUCUAUAGCUCAUUAUGAAAUUCAUGCUCAUAAACCGUAUGCUUCUUCAUCUUUUAACAAUAGUGAUGAAAUUCGAAUCGCAGUACAACAUCAAGACUUGUGCAUUUUACCUAGUAAAAGUUCAUUACAUAUUUUUGGCAGAUUAGCUAAAAAUGAUGAAAAUACUCUUACGGAAAACGUGCAUUUAAGUAAUAAUGCUGUAUGUUUUUUGUUUGAUGAAAUUCGCUAUGAACUAAAUGGAAUUGAAAUAGAUCGAUGCAAAAACGUUGGACAUACUACAAUUAUGAAAAAGUAUGUCUCGCAAACUCCUACACAGUUAAAUUUUAUUGAAAAUGCUGGGUAUUCAAGAAUGGCAGCUGAUGCAAGACUUGUAUUGGAAAAUGGCUAUUUUGAUGUCACAAUACCACUCAGCAUGAUUUUUGGUUUUGCCGAAGAUUAUAAAAAAAUCGUUAUGAACGCUAAACAUGAACUUAUUUUAACCAGAGCACGUUCUGACGUGAAUGCCGUAAUUCAAACAGGACAAGGAGAUGUACAAGGUUUUAAAAAACCCAAUAACGAAUUUGUUUUCAAAGAGUUGGCGAUACUUCCUCUACAGUUAGAUGCUCAACCACUCGUCUUCCUGUUUGAACCUCCUUGUGCUUGA